AUGGAUCGAUCGCUCAGAGCCGGCGCGGUGGUCCUGCGCAGGACGUGCGCACGCGCGUCGACGUCCGCGUGGACCCGCGCGUGGGUCCCGAGCGCGUCGACGCCCGCGGCAGCGGUGGCCGACGCCGCGUCCGCGCACCGAGCGAGGGAAACCCUAUUUUCCUCUCCCAUCCGAUGGGGCUUCGCCGCGUCGCACGCCAGGGGCGUGCACGGUUCCGCGGCGAGGUUCGUGGAUGAGCGAUUCACGCCGGUGCUGGAGACGCCGGAGAUGGACGCCGAGUACGAGAAGCUCGCCGAGGAGAUCAGGCGGUCCCCCAAGAAGCGGCAGCGAUUCCUCUUGCUCGAAGCCUUGAGGGGCACGAGGCUCAAGCCCCUCAUCGCGGCUGAGCACGAGCUGCUCAAGGAGGAGGGCGCCUACAAACCUCGCGCGCUGAAGACGCGCGUCAUCGACGUCAAUCGCACGUGCAAGGUGACCAAGGGAGGCGGGCUGAUGAACUUCACGGCGCUCGUGGUGGUGGGCAACGGCGACGGCGUGGUGGGCUUUGCGACGGGCAAAGGGAAGGACGUGGCCAUGGCAGUCGAGAAGGCGUACUCGCGCGCGUCCAGAUCGUUGGUGUACAUCGAGCGAUUCGAGAACUCCACCAUCUUUCACGAGCAGGAGGCGAAGCACUGCAAGACCAAGAUCGUGCUCAUGCCGGCGAAGGCGGGGACUGGGCUUCGGUGCAACCAAAUCGUGGAGAGCAUCUGCGAGAUGGCUGGCAUCACCGACGUGAGGGCGAAGGUCAUUGGCAGCCAUCACCCGCACAACACGGUGCGCGCUUGUUUCGAGGCGCUGGAGAGGAUCAAGUCUCCCGCGGACGUGGCAGCGGCGAGAGGAGCCACGGUGUACCGGAUCUAGAACUAGUCGUUGUCAUCUUCACACACUUUAGCC